CUUUAUGGUUAAAUCCUGGAGGAUCAAUGAAUAGCUGCAAAGAUUCUGUAGUAUUUGAUUGAUCUCGUGAUCCUUGAGAGCUUCUUGUACAAGGAUUCCAAAAGGGGAAAGAAAAAAGAGAAAAAGAGAGAGUUGCAACGGUUGAAACCUUCAAAGCUUCUUUAUACCCUCUCUGCUCGGAGAAUAUAUUUUUCUCUACCAUAUGUAAGUCAGAGAUAAACGUGACACCAACUAAGGGUUUGCUUGACUGAAUUAAGAGUGAUCUUGAGCAUUACUGACAGGAUUAAUAGCUAUAACCUUUCCAAGUUUCCGUUAUUAUCUCUUCUGGAUCUGGGUAUUAAGUGGUAAUUGAUUAUUUGGGGUGUAUUUUACUGAGGGUUUUACCAGAGCAUAAUCAGGUGAUAUCAAGCUGAAUUCCAACACUCCAAAGCAUCGAUGGGGCUUCUUCGAAGUCUCGCGAUGCUUUUUCUUCUGAUAUUGUUAUCCUGGUUGCUGGAAAUUAGGUCUCAGUCCAUUAAUCAUGCUCAGGACCUUGAUCAGCUCCUCCAAGACUAUGCCUUCAGGGCUUUUGUACGCCCUAAGACGGGUGUUCCCUAUGAUGGGGUUGUUCCCUCAAAUUUAACUGGAAUUAAGAUUGCAGCAAUGAGACUCAGGAGUGGCAGCUUGAAAAGAAGAGGUGUUCUGAUGUAUAAAGAAUUUGAAAUCCUCCCUGGAGUUAUGGAGAGCCCGUAUGUGGAACGGCUUGUUUUGGUAUAUCAUAAUUUGGGUAAUUGGUCGACGAUGUAUUAUCCAUUAACCGGUUAUAGUUACCUGACUCCAGUGCUCGGUCUGCUUGCUUAUAGCGCUGCAAAUUUGUCGGCUACAAAUUUACCGGAAUUGGAAAUUAGGGCACUUGGUGAUCCCAUCAAGAUCAAAUUCCCCGAAGUGAGAUCAGCCCCUGAUGGGUCAGUUGUACACUGUGUUUGGUAUGAUAGGCAUGGCAUUGCCAAUUUCACCGAUGUGGUAUCAGGCAAUGUAUGUUCAACGACUCAACAAGGGCACUUUGCUAUAGUUGUGGAAUCUGUUGCUCCUUCUCCAGCUCCAGUCUCUCCAGGAGAAGGGAAGAAGUCUAAUUCAAGAGUCUGGAUUAUUGUUGGUUCAGUGCUCGGGGGAUUAGCAUUGUUGUUGUUGUUGGCAUUCCUGUUAUUGUGGAUGCGGAAAUACAAGCACAAGAAGAGAAUGCAACGGAUGGAGAAUGCUGCAGAGGCGGGAGAAGCCCUGCGGAUGACCACAGUUGGGGAUACAAAAGCACCAUCAGCAACGCUGACUCGAACACAACCCACCAUUGAGAGUGAAUAUGUGCCCUAACUCCCAUCUUUUAUACAUGCUUUCUCUAUUGUUCCAUAGGCAUUCCUAUUCAGGUUCAAUUCCUCUAUUCAGAAAUUCUCAAAUUCACAGCUCCUGUUGGUAGCGUCCCUCCUCCCCUCUCAUUGUUUGGUCUGUGGUAGGCUCUUGAUUGCAGUGUGGGCAAUAUAGGAUUUUUUGUGUAAAUCUAUUAUAUUACUUGCAUACAGUCUACAGUCUUAUGAUUCAUUGUUUGGUGUGCAGUUGGCCUGAAGUGAUUCUAUAUGUGAUGAAUUUAGUUGUUCAAUUUAAGAGGAAUAAAAAAAAAUUUCUCAUCACUUUA